CUGCGACAAUAGGCGGUCUACACGCUCCGAUAUAUGCUACUUUCUUGAUUCAUAAUUCUGAAUUGUCACCCGUACUUUUGGUCGCAAGCAAUUCAUUUUCAUCCUGCCUCAACUGCUUCGUCGCGCAAAAUGAAGCACAUGCGCAAUAUUUUUUCUACAACACCGACACUCCGUCAUUUAUUCCUUUUGUCACCAUCUCAAACUUCACAAAUUGCAUUUCUCAAUUUGAACCGUAUCCAGAGCCAAAUAUCACCGCGAUUACCAGAGCAACUCCGUCGUUACACAAGUCACCAGACAGCGAGACCCGCAGAGCAGAACCAAUUCAUAGAUGAAAGAAUCCGGGCAAAAUUCGUACAAAUUGUGAACGAAGACAACAAACUGGGCCCCCCCGAACAUAUAUUCGAUGUCCUGCGAUCUAUCGAACGUCCCACCUACUUUCUCCAGCAAGUUUCACCGAGUAUCGAUGGUCAACCACCUAUUUGCAAGAUUGUGAACCGCGUAACAGUGAGGGAACAUGAAAAGGCUAAAGCAAAGGCUGCCAAUGCUGCUAAAGCAUCAUUGAAGCAGGUGGAAUUGAACUGGGCUAUUGAUGCGCAUGAUCUGUCCCAUCGCUUGAAACAGUUGAGGAGCUUUCUACUGAAAGGUCGGAAAGUGGAGAUUUUCAUGAAGAGGAAAAAGGGGAAGCGGGCGCCUACAGUGGAGGAGAUCAAGCAUCUUAUGGACAGUGUGGCAGAAGCAGUCAAGAGCGUUGGUGCUGCGCAGGUUAAGCCCUCGUUUGGGGAGCCAGGGAAACAAGUUACAUGGGUGGUGGAAAAGAGGAUUAAUUAGAUUGGCCUGGAUGCUUUUCCACAACCCACCCAGAUUAUUAUGUAUAUUAUGGAUGAAGAACUCUAACGUGUAUUAUAUGAGGCCCCAUGUGCUUUAGCAUGCUUCUAUGGUAUCGGAAACACGGCGUUUGGUCCGGCUCGGGGUAGUGGUCACAAAACAACUCAGUCCGGAUAUCUCUCUACUGUGCAGAGUAAACUUCCGGAAUUGUCUAUCAAUUGACUUCGACUAUCAGAAAUCCAUUCCUAUUAGAUAACCUGCCGACUUCAAUUGCAG